AUACAGGGAAGAAUUGGUUGGAAGAGAGGGGCUUUAGUUCUUUAGACAAUAAAGCAGGCUUUACAGUACACAAAUCCACUUUGUUAAUUACAAUAUGUAUAUUUUUCUGACAAACUCCACAUGCUCAAUGGGGUUGGAGAGUGGAGAGGUCCAAACCCACAGACCCACCCACAUUAUCUUGUCCACAUGGAGGUGUGAGAAAAGUCACCACCACCCACAUCUGACCCACACAUUCACAUCAUCUCUCCCCCACUUCCUUUAUUUAUUAUUAUUGCGCCUUCUCUCUCACUUAAAUGAUAAAAAAAAAAUGGGGUUGCCACUGCUUUCUCUCAUUGUCUCUAGGCAGAGCAAGGUUUCACCAUAUAUGUACCUCUUCACACAUAAUCUCCAGGUUCUAGCUAGUUGCCUUUCCUAGACACAGCCUAAAGACAAACCAUUUCUUGGUUCUUUGAGAAAACCCAGAAAAAACAUCUUCUCUUGGUUCUAGCUAACUGCUGUGUCUACCUUGUUCUGUGAAACCCAACUGUUCAUCUUCUUUUUGGGUGGUUAAAAGAUCUCUCUGAAAGAAGGAAGACAGAGUUUCACAAAAGGCACAUUCUUUCAGUUCUCACUACUGAGAAGCUUAAGUUCUCACAUUCUGGGGCAGUAGAUUUGGUGUUGGUGAAGAUGUCUGCAAAGUUCAUAUACACAUUAUCAGAUGAAAACAAAGAAUUACAGAAGCAGAUUGGAUGCAUGAAUGGAUUCCUUCGGCUCUUUGACCGCCACAGUUUUCUCAGCAGCGGCCGACGAAUUGUCGGCCAAAACCACAAGAGGCUUCCACCAGGUGAAAAUGGCGACCACCAUAAGGAGCCCGGCAAUGCAUCAGGAAGAGCUACAGGAAGAAAUCAGAAGAAAGCCAUGAGUGAGAACCAAAGAAACUCUACCGAAUCGCCCAGAACCUCCAUCUCUACAUCUUCCUGUUCAUCAAGUUAUUCAUCGCUAGACUACACCAAAACAUCUCAUCAUCCAGAACGAUCUUCUUUCAAAGAAACAAAUCCCCCUAAAACCCCACCACCAAUGCACCAACAAAAUGCUUCUUCAAAGUCAACGCCACACUUGACUGAUCUCCGAGAUGUUGUCAAGGACUCCAUUUAUAGAGAAGCCCGUGGAUUGUCAGUUAAAGCUUCAAACAAAGGGGAAGGUGGAGGUCAUACCUUGAAAUACAUCGAUUCCCCAAGACCUAUGCAGACUCAGGGGUCUGUUAAUCGUGCUUCUAGCCUCAAUGAGUCAUUUCGAGUUCUACCCAAGCUUCGACAAGCACCAUGGAAUUCCAAUGAAGGGAAGGAUGGCUCAUUCAAUUUCGCUCCUCGAUUCUCUUACGAUGAAAGGGAAUCACAAGAUAAAUUCAAAUCAACCAUUAAGCUCCAAGAGCUCCAUCGGCUAUCACUGGACAGUCGAGAAGGCUCCAUGAGGCGUUCCAACAACAUCACGAAGUCGAAUCAACUUCUGCAUGAGCUACAGAGGGUGAAUGAUUACUCUACUGUGGUCUUAAACCAACAGUACGAGCCAGGAAGUGGCAAACGACCAUCUAGUGUUGUGGCCAAGUUAAUGGGAUUAGAAGCUUUACCAGAUUCCAUGGCGACAGGGAAUCAGCAAGUAGGGACCGGGCGAAGAGAGGAUGAUCCCUUUUCAAGAUCAUCAAGAAGAAAUGAUGAGACCAACCAACAACGAAUAUCUGGAUCCCCCAGAAAUUCUCACAUGGAAGCUGUCUCCCCCAGAUUUAGAAAUGCUGAAUCAAGCAAGAAACACCCUGCAAGCUCAAAGUUUCCAAUUGAACCAGCGCCAUGGAGGCAGCCAGAUGGAAACAGAGAUUAUCAAACAUCAGCUUUGAAGAGUCGCGACUCACCAGCUAAAUUCCCUAACUUGCCUUCUGUAUAUGGCGAAAUAGCGAAAAAGUUGGCAGACCUUGAGUUCAAGAAGUCUGGAAAGGAUCUUAGAGCUCUUAAACAAAUACUAGAAGCAAUGCAGAAGAAUAGAAAGAUGCUAGAAUCCAGGAAAGAAGUUCAGGCUCCGAACUUUGAAUCUCAAACUAGUAAUAACAGUUCUGAUGAGAGCUCAACGCCAAAUCCAAGAGGCCAGAGGAGCAACAGCCUGAAUUCCACCACAAUCAGAGGGACUAAUUCACCAAAGAGAUCCAAAUCCCCAGUUGUUAUUAUGAAACCAGCAAAACAAGUUGAGAAAUCCAGUAAUCCCACUACUUCAGUGACUCCCAAAAAUUGUUCAGCAAACCUUUGUGAUCUUCGGACAGGAGACUCCGUGGAUAGCAGAAAGGAAUCAGCUAAGAUGCGCGCAGCUGGAGACCUAUCUCCAAGAACCAAUCUCAAGGACCCGUUCAUCCGAUCCCUACGUCCCAUGGACAAGAACAGUGGUGCCAAAACGGUAAGAAAAGAGGCCCACCCCAUAACUAGGGUAAGUAGUGUUUCAAGCAAGAUGACAGGAACCACAAGCCUGAGAAUGCAACAGAAGAAGCUUGAGUGGGAAAAGCAAUCUCAUGCCAUCACUCCAUCUCCGGACUCGAACAAGAGCAGAACGCAGUCCAAUAGACAACUGCUAGAAUCAGGCUCCCAGAACAGAAAGCGCAGACCAAGAUCUCCCAAUUUGCAGCCAUGCGAGAGUGAACUGAGUGAGACCAGUAGCUGUGCUAGAGACCUGAGUCAGCAAAGUGACACAAAUUCAAUGCAAUCCGAGAGCAACAAUAGCUUUGCCUCACAAGCUGAAACAGAAGUCUCAAGCACUGAUGUAUCUGACAAGAUAAAUAGUCUCAUGCUUCAGAAGAAUAGCCAGAGGGGAGAGGGUCCAGGAGCAAAAUCCGUAGAACACAGUUUAAUAGUUGAACGCACGGCUGCUUCCUCAGAACAACCAAGUCCCAUCUCUGUUCUAGACGCAACAUUCUAUGAUGAUAUGCCAUCUCCAAUUAAGAAGAUAUCAAAUGCUUUUAAAGAUGAUGAGGUUCUAGAUUCUGAGGAAAUAGAGUGGAGUCCAAUACAUGUAAGUCACUCAUCCAGCAGCAGAAUAUCCAGUCACAACAAUGAGUUCGAUCAUCGAAAGGCAAAAAACUUGAAGGGCUUGAUUCGAAACUUCAAGCUGACAUCCAGUGAUGAGGAACCCAACAUCAAUGAAACAGCAUCCCUCUACAACAUCACACAUCCAGACCACAGGUACAUUUUGGAAAUAUUGUCAGCAUCAGGUCUCCUCAAUCAUCCUGGAUCUGCCCUUACAACUAUGCAGCUCCACCAAUCAGGCAACCUAAUUAAUCCCAACUUGUUCCUUGCCUUGGAACACAGAAGAACAAGAAUUUUUCAUUCAGCUCCUAAUGCCAAAGCACAAAGAAAACUUUUAUUUGAUGUUGUCAAAGAAACUCUAGUGAACAAGUUGGCACUGGAAAAUUCGUCAAAGCAAUGGCUUUCACCUUAUAAGCUGAGAGACAAAAGAUAUCAAGGCCAGCAGCAGCUUCUGAUAGAGUUGUGUUUAGAGGUAGAUAGGCAAAAUGCUAAUUCAUCGAGCUGCAAUUUAGAUGAUGAGGAUGACAGCUUGAGAAGCAUCUUAUGGGCAGAAUUUAUGCAUCAACCAGAAAAUUGGACAGCUUGCCAUAGUGAAAUUUCAGAGCUAGUACUGGAUGUUGAGCGGUUGAUCUUCAAGGAUUUAAUAAGUGAAGUUGUUAAUGGCGAAGUACCAAGUCUAUGUGGGCGGCCAGCUGGGCAUUGUAGGCAGCUCUUUUAGUGCUCUAGAUAAUUAUACCUCCAUCCCUGGCUGUAUACUCGAUGGUAUAUUUUUAUGCCUAUUUUACUUUAGGGAAAGAACUUCUGAUCAGAGAUUAAACUUUAUCCCCCAUAUGUAGCUCUCUACCAGAUGCUGUGCUUAUACGCUUAUACUAACAUUACAAUCAAUGUACAUAGAAAUAAACAGAA